ACCUACACUCUCCUCACAUCUCUCCUGCUCUGCUUUCUCUGCCCAUUGAUCUUCCUCAGCCCUCCAGAAAGAGUGAGCUGCCUGCUCCGACAAAUGGCUUUUGGCCUUGUUUUCACAGUGACCGUUUCUUGUGUGCUGGCCAAAACUAUCAUGGUGGUUCUGGCCUUUGUGGCCAUCAAACCUGGAUCCAGAAUGAGGAAGUGGGUAGGGAAAAGACUGGCAAGCUCCAUUGUGAUUUUUUGUUCCCUUAUCCAAGUGGGCAUUUGCACUGUGUGGUUAGGAAUGUCUCCCCCAUUUCCUGAUUCUGACAAGCACUCAAUGAUGAGGGAAAUCAUUCUAGGCUGCAACGAAGGGUCUGUUGCCUUGUUUUACUGUGUCCUGGGCUACAUGGGCUUUUUGGCCGUUAUCAGCUUUGUUGUGGCCUUUUUUGCCAGGAAACUGCCUGAGAGCUUUAAUGAGGCCAAAUUCAUCACUUUCAGCAUGUUGUUGUUUUGUAGUGUUUGGAUCUCCUUUGUUCCAGUGUACCUGAGCACCAAGGGGAAAUACAUGGUGGCUGUGGAGAUCUUCUCCAUCUUGGCCUCCAGUGCUGGCUUACUGGGCUCCAUCUUUUCCCCAAAAUGCUACAUCAUUUUGUUGAGACCUGAUCUGAACAGCAAGGAGUGCUUAAAGAAGAGGAAAUAA